CAAAGACUGACACAUUGAGCCGGCCGAACGAAGUUGAGAUGGUGUCUCUAGUCACCCAGGUCAAAGAUUUGCUGCCUCAUCUUGGCGAUGGAUUCAUUCAGAAAUGUUUGGAGCACUUCAAGUAUGAUAGCGCGACUGUGAUAAACGCCGUCCUGGAGAGUAAUCUGCCGCACUCGCUCAAUCAACUGGACCCCUCCAUGCCCGCACAAGUCGAACCACCUCCAACCGAAACUGCUAGUAAUUUGCCGCUGCGGUGAAGUUUUUUGAUAACGAUGAGUUCGAUAUUAUGACUCGAGA